UCCUCUAAAAACUCUCAUGUCUCAUCAUUCUGUUGCACUUACAUUUAUCCCUCCAAUCACUUUGCCUUGCUUCAUCUUGCAGUUAAGCUUUUCUCUGCUUCUCCAUUGUGAAUUAGUGCAUAUCCAUCCUUUCAACAUGCGAUGGACAAAAUCUGCCAAAAGAAAACUCUCUUUUCCCAUAAUCACAGCCAUUAUCUGUACUUUAACCUUCAUUUUUCUGUUGUACACUGAGAUGAUCAGUACUAUUUCUUCUGGCUCUAUUUUGAGGUUUAAGCCUUGUCCCAAAAGAAAUUCUGCAGAUGAUAGAGAAUUGGAGAGCGAUCAACUAGACAAUCCAACAGACGAUAGUCUUGAUUUUGAUCCUGAUGAAUGCAGUGUCACACAUGGGAAAUGGGUUUUUAAUACUUCAGUUAAGCCAUUGUAUUCAGACAGGACUUGUCCUUAUAUUGAUAAACAAUAUUCUUGUAUUAAGAAUGGCCGAAACGAUUCAGAUUAUCGAUACUGGGAAUGGCAGCCUGAUAACUGCAUGUUGCCAAGGUUUGAUCCUGAGAUUGCCCUCAGGAAGCUUCGAGGGAAGAGACUAAUGUUUGUAGGGGAUUCACUACAGAGAAAUCAAUGGGAAUCUUUUGUGUGUUUGAUUGAAUCUGUAAUCCCACAAGGCAAGAAAUCCAUGAGACGUGGCCGCGUUCACUCUGUAUUCAAAGCUAAGGAAUAUGAUGCCACCAUUGAGUUCUAUUGGGCUCCAUUCUUGGUCGAGUCUAACACAGAUAUUCCUAUUAAAAGUGAUCCAAACCAGAGAAUAAUUAAAGUGGACUCAAUUGCACAGCGUGCGAAACACUGGUUAGGAGCAGACAUCCUUGUUUUUAAUACUUAUGUUUGGUGGAUGAGUGGACUCAAGACCAAGGCACUAUGGGGCGAAUUCGAAAAUGGAGAAGAAGGUUAUGAAGAAUUAGAUACAACAGUUUCUUACAGAGUAGCAUUAAGAACAUGGGCAAAUUGGAUUGAUUCAACAGUUGAUCCUAAAAAAACACGAGUUUUUUUCACUACUACGUCUCCUUCACACCAAAAAAACAAAGAAUGGGGGAACAUAAAUGGGAUCAGGUGCUACAAUGAGACAAGACCAGUAAUGAAGAAGGGAUUCUGGGGAACUGGUUCAAACAAAGAGAUGAUGAAUGUUGUGGCCAGUGUCAUGGGAAGAAUGAAAGUUCCUGUUACUGUUUUGAAUAUCACACAAUUAUCUGAGUAUAGAAUUGAUGCACAUACAUCAAUAUAUGGUGAAUUGCAAGGCAAAUUGUUAACAGCUGAGCAAAGAGCUGAUCCUUUGCAUUUUGCGGAUUGCAUACAUUGGUGUUUGCCUGGGGUUCCUGAUACUUGGAAUCAGUUACUUAUUGCAUAUUUGUAGCCCCAAAUUAUAAUGCUACACAGACCGAAGAUGAUUUUUAAAAAGUUUUUCACCCCAUAAACCAACAACACAUGCAAAUUACAUGUAAGUAUGGAACCACGCUGGUUGAACUAUGGAAAGUGAAUCAAUUGCCAGAGUGAUUUCUUCCAUAAUUAACUUUAUAAUAUGGAAGUUUGGAGUUGUAUUGUCUCAAUUUUGCUUUAUAAAGACAUUCGAAGUUAUUUACCUAGACUUGGAUUGAGAUGAGCUUAAAUGGAACGAUAUGGACUGUAGGAUACAUAUUGCUAACAGCCUAACACCAACUCAAUUGGGAUCUAGUGUUUUUGUGUGUAGUUUAUGGUUUGGGUAUGACGAUUAGCAUAUAUAUUUCACAAGGAGAAAGGGUUUUGUCGAAAUAUUGAAUCUUAGCUUGAAAGCUUAUGAAGAGUUGUUGAGACAAAUAAUGUAACUUGAGUGAAGGGUAGCUUAGUCUAUUUAAGGGAUAGUAGAUUACUGAAUUGUUAGUUAGUUAACAAUGUAUGUGAGUGGUUAGAAAGGUAGUUAGAUUAGUUAGUAAUACUGUGUAUAUAUAUAUACUGU